AUGGCCAAAUACACCGAAGAACAAUUACUUGAAUUGAAAACUGAAGCACAUACUCCAAAGCCUGAGAUUUUGGAUGCUUUUAACAAGUUAAUUGAAGAGGUUAAAGAAUCAAUUGAACAACACCAUCAACACCAAAGAAAAUGGCAUAACGGGGAUACUUAUAUUGACGAACACGGUCAUGAAAGAUCAUAUCAUCACAUUAAUAGAAGAAGACAAUCUAAAGGUGCCUCUGGUGUACAAAGACCAAACUUGAGAAAGAAAUCGGAACCAGUUGUUGAUGAAGAUGGAUGGGCCACUUUAUCCAAACCUAAAAAAGGUUCUUUUGCUGAAGGUGAUACCAUAGACGAAAGAAUUAAAUUCAGAGAAGCUAACAAUAGUGGAUCCUCUAGUGGUGGUAUUAAGGCCAGACCUAAUAAUAAGAAUUUGGGUAGUUCAAAGGCAGUGGACCCAAGAGAAAUUGCUUCCGAUAAACAAACCAAAGCUUUUAAUGCGUUUGCUGCUUUAGGAGAUGAAGAUGAUGAUGAAUAA